AUGGCAGUGAAUAGGGGAUUAGAGACCUUCUUAUCUGUCUUCCUGCUGUGCUGCUGGUACGGAACUGAUCUACAGCCGAUCAACUCAACUUCAGGUCCACUUACUGAAGAUGCGCUCAAUUCAACAACAGAAGACAUACCUGAAGUUUUUGAUGAAAUUCUAGCCCAAGAGAUUCUGGAGCCAAACGCAUCAUCGGCAGUGUCUGAAACAUCAGCAACAACCAAAGUAUCCACACAAACAACAGCACAAACCAAGGACAAAAACAUGGGUAUUGAUGAAAACUACCAAGAAGAUGGCUCCGAGAAUUACCAUGAAUUACUGGAGAAUAUAGAACCCUCGACUAUGAGCAAGGAUAAAACCGACAAUUAUGACAGAAGUACCGUCGAGAACCUCCAUGAGCACAGUUCUCCGACCAAGGUUGAGCCACACUUCUCUUUAAACGAAAAGAAGAGUUCGAACAAUGACAAGCACAGGAAAGUGUCCGUUCUGGACAGAAUCCUUCAAAACAUAGGAAGAUAUGAAGACAGCCUGGAACUAAGAGGCAAGUGGCCCCGAAUCUGCAGGUCCCCUGCUGGGCAGAGGUGA